GCCGAGCUUCGCACGUCCCUGGAGGUCGCGUCGGUGGUCAAGUUGCGAUGACAAUCCAGAAAGAUUUCCCCAUGGACGUUUAACAGGUUUGUGCCCUUGAACGCCGCUGGGAGGGAUUCAUUUCAGUGGCGAAAAGAGCAACCAUCCUCCCAUUCCCAACGCCAUGGCUGGCGUCCACAACGAAUCAAGGUAGCAUCUUGUUCGAGGACGAUGCCGAUGAGAGUCUCCCCGACCCAGCGCAUCGUCGUACCGCCAACUGGAAGGAGCACUAGUACAGCAUUGACAUCUUUCCAAGUGCUAUGGAUGUAUUCCACUGCUGCUUCAGCGAUCCGUGUCAAUGGCACAUGGCAACGAAGUUCUAGGCCGGCGACCUCGAACGGUGUCUGGACAUCGCACCAAUUGUGUCCUCAUCCCAAGCACAGCAUCCGAUAGCGGUUGAAUGUUUAGCAUUCAGACGCACACUGUGGUUGCGACGACGGUAUCUCGCGGCAAAUGGAUGGCCAUGCUGCCUUCAAAUGCGCCCAAGGAUGCGUGGAACAAAGUGGCUUUUUUGCACUUGUGUCCAUCAUACCCUCUCCUUCGGCACUCACACGGCGAUACUUCCUAUAGACACCCAUACGCACUACAAGUUCAACCUGCAAUGUCCUCAUAGUCGCCUUCUCCACCGAGCGGCCGUCCACCAUGCCAUGCCGACGACGUCCAUCGCACCCAAGCUGCUGGCUGGGAGGGUUGGCCCCAUCCAUCGAAGCUCCUUGGUGACCUUCCGGAUCAUUAUCCGGAAAUGCUUGCUGAUUGGUGCAUUUCGAACUCUCAACCCUGUUACACUUGCAUACGAAUUUGAAGUGUAAAUUUGUACCAAAGAUGGGGUCCACGACGAAAAACCGUCAACUUUCCCGAUCACAACCACAGCAUAUGUUAUUUUGUUCAUGCAUUCGACUGAUUUUCUAUACGAAUCAUAAAACAAUUUAUAUAAUUUUGUACCAUGA